GGCUACUUAAAACACGCAAUUUAUUGUCAACGACUACACUAUGGAAAACUUCCAGUAAGGGAAAGGAGAGGCUUGAAGCCUCUGGUGAAGUCUGAUCAAGCAUUCAACUACGCAGAACAAUGGGAGAUGAAAAGCAAAAGGAAGGGCUUAAGAAAAAGGUGAUGGUGGCCAUAGAUGAAAGUGAGGGGAGUUACCAUGCUCUGAUGUGGGUGCUCAACAAUCUCAAUGAAUCACUCAAAAGCUUGCAGCUUGUUAUCUUUGCAGCACAGGCAUCUCCAAAAUGUAACAGCAUUUGUGGAUCACAGCUUGGUUUUGCCCGCAUUUACUGUCCAUUCUCAGCCACCUGUAACUCAGUUAUAGAACAAAAUAAAAAGGUUUCACUUGGUCUCCUAGAGAAAGCUAAGGGCAUAUGUGCAAGCAAAGGGGUAUAUGUAGAGACAGUGACAGAGACUGGGGAUCCUAAGGAGACAAUCUGCAAUGCAGUUCAAAGGCACAAAAUCAAUCUGCUUGUAAUAGGUGACAAUGACAAUGGAAUUCUCAGAAGGGUCUUCCAGGGAAGUUUAGGCGACUAUUGCUUAGAUCACGCCAAGUGCCCCGUUCUUGUUGUGAAAAACUAGUCUAGAAGGGCAAAAUCAGUAUCUCUAUUUGGAUAUUGUAUGAUAUGGUUGACAAUAUUGCAACUUUGAUUGAAGCUGCUUUAUAUGUUUGUAAAUGAAACUAGUAAUGUAUUCCAGAUUAAUGGCUGUUUCUCUUAUGUACUUCUGAAAUAUGCUUGUGAAAAUGAAGGCAUGAGCUUUUC